UAGUAGUUUUUAUGUUGUUUUGGAUUUGGUAUUUGAUGAGCGUUGUUACAAUUAAAGGGGCUCAAAUCAAUGAAAGGAAAAGGAAUAGGAAAUUGUUACGCUCGUUAUUUUUGAGUCACUUAAUAAGACAGAGUGAUGUAAGCUGUAAAAGUGAGCUUCGUGUCAAUAGACGUUCUUUUAAUAUUAUUUGUGAGAUGCUUAGAGAUAUAGGAGGUUUAAGUGGAACAAGAAAUAUGACUCUUCAAGAGAUAGUUGCAAUGUUUUUGUACACAUUGGCUCAUCAUCAAAAGAAUAGGUCAAUUGGAAAUCUCUUUUUAAGAAGUGGGGAAAUAGUGAGUCGACAAUUUAACCUAUGUCUAAGGGCUAUUUUGAAGUUGCAUGAACACUUAUUGCACAAGCCUAUAGCGAUAUCUAAUGAAUGUGAAGAUGAAAGGUGGCAACCUUUCAUGAUAUAAUUCCAUUCAUGUUCUUUUUUCUGUUAGAUUUUCAUGUAAUGUAUGUAAAUGAGUCAUAUCUUUGUCUUUUAUAAUGUAGAGUUGUCUAGGAGCGCUAGAUGGUACCUAUAUUAACGUAAGAGUGACUUCACAAGAAGGGAAAAUAUCGAACAAGGAAAGGCACAAUUGCUAUGAAUGUUUUAGGUGCUUGUGCACCUAAUAUGGAAUUUAUUUAUGUGCUUCCGGGGUGGGAAGGAUCAGCCCAUGAUGUAUGUGUCCUUCAUAAUGCUCUCUCUAGGCCAAAUGGUCUUAGGGUACCUCGAGGUAAAUGGAAUAGGUCUUUUGUUUUUUGUGAGUAUAAUUAUAGUUGUUAGUAAGGUAUCUAGUGAUUAUCUUAUUUUGAUUUUUGUGAAGGUAAUUAUUAUUUGGUUGAUGCGGGCUACACUAAUUGCGACGGAUUUCUCGCUCCAUAUAGGGGGCAACGAUAUCACCUUAAAGAGUGGACAGAUAAACAACCUGAAAGUGCCGAGGAAUAUUUUAAUUUGAAACAUGCUAGGGCAAGAAAUGUGGUAGAGAGGUGUUUUGGUUUACUUAAAGGGAGAUGGAGCAUACUUAGGAGUCCCUCGUUUUUUCCUAUACGCACCCAAGGUCGUAUCGUGAUGGCUUGUUGUUUACUACAUAACUUAAUUAGAAGAGUCAUGCCUACUGAUGAUAUAGAGGAAGAAGAGUUGAGUGAAGAUUCUGAUGAUGAUUCCAAUGAUGAACCUGAAUAUAUUACAAGUGUUGCAACUUCAGAUCAGUGGACCAAUUUUAGAAACACACUAGCACAAGAUAUGUUUAAUGGUGGAGGGCAAGAGGUAGAAGAGUUUAGCAGUCAAGAUCCUCGGUGUAGUGGGUUCAAAUUACAAGAUGUUACUGCUGCAUCACCUCAUGUUAGAAUACUCUUUAGUGCUAAGACCAAACUGUUAGAAUCCUGUAACUUGAUUUACUUACUUUUUUAGUGAUAUGUUUAAUUUACUUACUUUUUUCUAGUGCAAUUAUGGCAUUGCUUCUUUAGUGAUAUGUUUAAUUUACUUACUUUUUUCUAGUACACCAUAUGAUACCUAUACUCUUGCACUCAUUGUCUUGAUAUAUGUAAAUUUUCUCUUUGAAGUUGUAUAUGAUGGGAGAAGAGGGAAGCAAUCGAGGAAGAGGUAAGAAUAAGCGUUUUUGGACCUUUGAGGAAGAUACGGUGCUCAUAAAAUAUUUACAUAAGUUAUCUCUCGAUCCUAAAUCGAAAAGUGAAAGUGGCUUCAAGAGUGGUUACAUGAAUAAGUUGGAAGAAAUGAUAAAAUCUGUGCUACUUAAUUGUGGCUUGAAAGCUGAUCCACACAUUGAGUCAAGGAUUAAGCAUUGGACAGAGAAAUAUAGUGCAAUGGCAGAGAUGUUAUCUACUUCUGGAUUUGGAAGGGAUUCGGACAAAAAAAUGUUGCAAGUAGAGAAAACUGUAUUUGAUGAAUGGGCUAAGGCUCACAAGAAAGCAAAGGGGUUGGAUGGAGUACCCUUUCCUCAUUAUGAGACAUUUGCUGAAAUCUAUGCAAAAGAUAAAGCAACCGGAGAAGUUAGUGAAUCAUUUGUUGGAGCUAUUGAUAACAUGAAUGUUGAGAUUGCAAAUCAGUCUAUGACAAUAGAGAGUGACGAAGACGGUUAUAUGGAUUCUCCCACUCAUUCUACCCAUUCCACUCAAUCAACAACUCAAUCCCAUAAGCGGCCAAUGAAGAAAGAGGAUGACAAUACUCCUUCCAAGAAAGCAAAGAUGAAAGAAAUGAAGGGAAAAGGAAAGACACAUCAAAAGGUAGAUGAUGCUAAUGAGUUAGUAGCUUCUCUUCAUAAUACAUCUAAAACUUUUGGGAAAAUUUUUGAGGACAUAAAUGCAAAUCUUGGAACUAUGGAAAAUUCAUGGUCCAAAGCCGAAGAAAGGGAGCAAAAAAUGGAUGAUGAAGUGAAUAAGGUGUUAGAAGAAGUUAUGAAAUUGGAUGGUGUUUCUCCUUCGGAAUCUUUAGAGGUGGAAACAAUUCUCAUGGCUGAAAAACAUAAGCUUCGAAUCUUUUUUCAAGCUCCAACUAACUUGAAGAAACAAUAUGUUUUAGAUCUCCUUAAGAAAAAAUAGGUGGGAGUAUUGCUAAUCAUCUAUAAUGUAUGGCCUCUGAAACUUUAAUUAAGGCCUAUGGGUGCUAGAACACCAUAUUUUGUUCUUGAAUUUCAGAAUUUUGUAGUAUACAUUUGUUUGGUUUCCUACACAAAGUACUUGUUAUGCUAUGAUAUAAUCAGUUUAAUAUUAUAGCUAACUUAUUUUUAUGGUAUUUUAAUAAUAGUAUGUAACUUGAUCAAGUAAAAUUGCUCAUAUAUUAAAUAGCAAAAACUUCCUUUUAUAAGUAGUUGCAUUUUCAAAUGAUUCCUUUCCAUUAGGUAGACCAAACAAGAACAAAGGGAGUAAAGUUUAAUUGAUUCCUUUCCAUAGUUAAACCAAACAAAUGUAAAGGUAAUAGCUAAAUGAUUCCUUUCCCCCCUCUUAUUUGUUUCCUUUCCACUCCGUUUCCAUUAUCUGAACCAAACACCAUCUUUAUAGUUUUAUUGAUAGAGGAUAGUGAAUUCAUGAAAUAUGCGAUAGCAUAGACAUUUUUUUUUUUAUUUUUUUUUAAGGGAGCAUAGACAUUUUAUGAAAAAAUACCUUUUAACCAGUGUGAUUCAAACCAUCCUUCCAAUACUUUUUUUACGGAAUAAUCAAACACUUCUUUAAAUUUUUUAGGGAGUGUUUAAUUUUGAUCAAAAAUGAAUUUAUUUGACCAAUUUAGAGGGUUCCUCGACAAAUUCACUCGUUUUAUUGUUUGGAAAAGGGUUGAUUAUGCUCAAUCUCUUUAAUUUUCUUAAGACGUGGGGAAAAUAAUUUUUUUUAGGACAGCUAAUUAUAACACAGACUAUUGGGUGCGGCAGUCCGCACCCAAUGUUUCGUGCGGCAGAGGAGAUGAGGAUGACGAUGACGACAACAACAAUGGUGGACGAUGACGAUGACGAUCGAAAAAUGGAUCUUGCUGUAGUAAUGGUGGAUUAUUAAAUUCGUCGACUAUAUGGAUAAAAAGUUAAGCAAAGAGGAGAUUCAUAAUAAAGAGGAGAAAGACGAUAAUAGAAACAAUGGUUAGAGGAUUGGUCGGAGGAUGUACGACAACAGUGAGCGAAAUUUGUUAAGAAGGAAAGAGAUAAUUGGAGGAGAUGAGAAAUAAGUAUAGUGGUUGUCGUGCUGGUGAUAGAGGAGAGAGAAAAUGGGUGGUGGUAGUGUGAAGGGAAGUGGUGAUAAACAAUUUGGACUUUGGGUUAGGGAAUAUUAAUCAAGUGUGGGAUCAAGACCCUAGAUCAUAUCAGCCAACAAAAGGAACCUAUCAGCCAAUAAAAGAUACAUAUCAGCCAACAAAAGAUAUUUAUCAGCUAACAGAAGGAACAUACCAACCAACAAAUGAAGCAUAUCAUCCAACAAAAUGAAAAUAUCAGCCGACUAUAGAAACAUAUAUAUAUCAGCCAACUGAUGUUUGAUUGCAACCAACAAAAGGAACAUAUAAAAAAAAAA